CUUAGCUCUUUACUCGUUUGUCUUUCGCUCAGUGAAGUAUUUCGCUUUCGUCAAAAAUUAAGCGCUUGAUUGCGAUAUUGCAUCUAAUCUAUUUACUAACACUGUAAUUGCGGCGUUGUUUCGGAAUUACUUAAAGCAAACUGUUCGCACAAUUACACGGAAUUAAUACUGCUCGUAAUAGUAGAGUAAAAAUUUAAACCCCGAGAUAGCCGCUUUUAUUUUAAAUGGUGGGAUUGUAGUAUCAGUGAGCACCUGACAUUAUUAUUUAUUUAAAUAGUACAACGAAAUCCUUUACCGUAUAGCAAUUUCUCCUCAGCGCGUAUGCUACUGCAGUGCAAAACGUUUUCUUGAAGAGAUCAUUGGUCAAAAAAGUGCAGGCGCAAGAUGCUUUCCGGUUGGAGAUUGACUGUAUCAAAAUGUUUUUUAAUUCCACAAAGGUACGUUUUGGGAUUAAUGGGAUUUAUGGCCGUAAUCAACGCGUACCUAAUGAGGGUGGUUUUAUCUGUCGCAAUCACGGAAAUGGUAGUGCCCAUAAAAAUCGCCGACCACUCUGACGGCGACACGUGCCCGGAUCCAGCAGCCGUGUUGAACAAGAAUGCGACAAUUUCGAGCGAUCAGUAUCUCUACGCAUGGAGCGAACAGACCCAAGGUCUUGUUCUCAGCUCGUUUUACUGGGGCUACGUACUCACUCAUCUGCCCGGCGGAAUUCUGGCGGAGAGAUUCGGUGGCAAGUACAGUUUAGGAUUGGGAAUACUGUCGACGGCCCUUUUCACCUUGCUGACACCGGUCGUUGUGAAGGCGGGCGACUGGCAGUGGCUGAUCGUGCUUCGGGUGUUCGUUGGAUUCGGUGAGGGCACAACGUUUCCGGCACUAAACGCCUUGCUGUCAAAAUGGGUGCCGCUCUCCGAAAGGGCGACGCUUGGCACGCUAGUUUACUCCGGUGCGCAAAUGGGCAACGUGAUCGGAAAUGCGGCCAGCGGCAUCAUUAUUCACUCGACCAAGUCGUGGGAAUCGGUCUUUUAUGUUUUUGGAGGGAUUGGCGUGGUCUGGUUUGCGUUUUGGGUCGUUCUGUGCUACUCUGAACCGAACACGCACCCCUUCAUUAGUGACGAUGAAAAGAAAUUUUUGGAAAAGGAACUCAAAGACGUUUGGAAAUCUCGUAGGGCGACGCCAUGGAAAGCGAUGCUAACCUCCGUGCCUUUAUGGGCUCUGGUGGUCGCGCAGUUAGGGCACGAUUGGGGAUUAUUCACUAUGGUCUCCGAUUUGCCCAAAUAUAUGAAGAGCGUGUUAAAGUUUAACGUAAGAGAAAGCGGUAUUUUGGCAUCACUCCCAUACUUGGUUAUGUGGAUAGUCUCCAUGAUCUCGGGGCGAUUGUGCGAUUACCUCGUAGUAAACGGUUACAUGAGAAUCACAUUCGCAAGGAAGUUCUUUACGACAUUAGCGUCGCUUGGUCCAGGAAUCUUUAUACUAGCCGCAUCAUACGCAGGAUGCGAUCGCACGAUGACCGUAGCCUUCUUUACACUCGGAAUGGCGUUCAUGGGCUUCUUUUACUGUGGCAUGAAGGUGAACGCUCUGGACCUUUCGCCCAAUUUUGCUGGAACGCUAAUGGCGAUAGUCAACGGCCUUGGGGCAUUCAGCGGGAUGGUAACUCCUUACCUUGCCGGAGCCCUAACCGAGGAUCAAACACUCUCCCAGUGGAGAUUAGUCUUUUGGAUCACCCUGGGUGUGUUCCUAGUCACGAACGGCGUGUUUGUGGCAUUUGGCAGCGGAGAAACGCAGUGGUGGAAUUCGGGCGAAAAGCCAAGUGACGACGUAGAGAAUGACACUAAGGAUCGAUACGUAAUGAAGGAAACUUUAUGAACAAGUUUUAUUGUUAGGAACGCACAUAGUAUUAGAAUUAGUUAGGAAUUAACUAAUCUAAUCCCUAUAGAUGAUUGCAUGAGAAAAUCAUCGUCUGUGAUAAAUGACUUGUGAAGUCAAGAUAAUAAUUUCGCUCGAAUAGCUCAAAUCAGACAACUGCCAGUCACUUGGACAUUCGAGCAAUAGAUUAUUACUCGUAUUUUAUUUUAUAUAGGAAACAAGACGCGUAUUGUUGUAAAUAAUGUUAAUUUUAACUAAUGGACUACGUGGAGUUAUAAUCCACACACAUAAGUAAAAUAAAUAAAAAAAUUUAGUUUUAUUCUAAAUAAAUAAAUGGCGCAAUGUAACUUUGCUGAGACCUACGUGUCGAUUUUUUCGUACAGUUUGUCAGUAUUUGAACAGUUGGAAAGCUUUACUGAUGAAGCGACCGAAUUUAUAUCUAUUUAUUUGUUUAUUUUAAAAGCUGUUACAUUGAGGUUAAUAUAUUAGUAUUUAUUUUUAAGAGGACUUUAAUAUAAUAAUAAAUUAUUCAUAGAAAAGUUAGUAAUUUUCAAAUAGACUAAAUCAUCAUUACCAUGGCUGGAAAAUGGUGUGACAUUCAAGCUAAUAUUAUUCUGUGCACAAAGUAGGCUACAUACUUGACUUGAAUCAUUGAAUAAUUCACUCAACGCCUGAACGAAAGCACCUGGGCAUUAUUAUUUUGGAGAAUUGUGGUUUCGUAGAAAAAAAAUAUUUCUAUUUUUCAUCCAGCUUCGCAGGAGAUUCUAAUAUCUCAAAUGGUGGAAAUAUAAAAGAGACGAAAAAUGCAUUCAUACCCCCUCGGGUAGUCCACUAAAACUAUAUAAACUUGCGGAUAUAUCAGUAAGAACUAUCCUAUGUCUCACUAGGUUGAAGGAUUUCAUUUUUGUAACAAGUACCAAGGUACAUAUUUUAAGAUACAAUAUUAAUUAAAACCAAACAAAGACGAAACGAAUUACCAUUUCAUUUAAUUUCUUUAUUUUUAAUUAACAUGUAGAUUUAAUUGAAAAAAAACGUGUAAGUAUUUUUGUAUUUUUUGGAAUUUGACCCAUUGGUUACUUUCAUUGUAUUAAAACAUUGUGUUGUUUUACCCUUGAGUUAGUAUUAGCAUUAGAUAAGGCCAAUUUUGACGUUUGACAUAAAUAAACUUUUGUAGCCACUUUAACAAAAGCUACCCCAUAAAUUAUUCACAGAAAUAUAAUUUUUGAAAUUUU